UGAACGAAGGAAGGAAUGUUUUUUCACUUUAUUUACCAAUUAAUUGAUAACAUUUUGUUGCUUGUUAGCCGUAAUGAAAACCAUAAAAAGUUUUUAAGAAUCGUAUUCUACGUUUUAAAUUUUUUACCGGAUAUUCCGCAACCUCUGUCUUCUAAGAAAUGAUAAAAUUUUGGAAAAGCGCAGCUAAAGGUAAAACUGGCUGCCCGGUACGCCCUCCAGAAACUGUAGAAAACAGGCCAACGAAACUAUUGGAUAUAAAAGGAAACAAUGACGUUGAUGACAAAUCAGAUAUUUUUGACAAAACAUCUAAUUUAUCUAUUAAUUUACAUGACAUACUUAUAGGAAAAACAGCUAUUAAAUAUUUUACAAUGUAUAUGGAGAAUAUUGGUAAACAAUACCUCAUAAAGUGCUGGAUGGAUUUAGAAAAUUUUAGGUUUCAAAUGUCAAUCUUGAAUGUUAACAACAAGGAAAAUUGCUCCCAAAUAAGUCACACAAGGAGUUUAGAUGGUGACUCAAGUAUAGAUAUGGAAAAGAACUGUGAAAAUUUUAUGAUAAAGAAAUUUGGCUGGAGAGGAAGUACCAGUAACUUAAGAAAGGCUAACAAUGAAUGUUCUAUAAAUUCUUGUGGGAAUUUAAUACAACAUUUAGAUAAUUGUGAUAUCUGUGAAGAUAAAAAUGUGACCAAUUUAACUGAAAAAUCAAUUGCUUUAUUUAAGAAGUAUGUGGCUUUGGAAGCACCAUAUCAUAUAGAUUUAUCAGACGAUAUUAGGAAAACAGUUAUAUCAAAUAUUUGUCAACCUGAAGGUCAAAUUGAUGAAAACUGCUUUAAGCCAGUUCAAGAUUCUUUGUUUGACCAAAUAGAUAAAAAUUACUUUAAGGGAUUUCAAAACAGCCCUCUCUAUAUCAAAUCACAGAUAGAUAUAUUGACUAGUGGAUGUAUAAAUCUUAAGGAUAUACUUUAUAAUGAUACAAUAUUAUUUUAUUUUACUGAAUUCUUAGAACAAGAAUCAUGCAGUAAUUUGCUUGAAUUUUUAAUAGCCAUUAUGCAUUUUAGGGACAAUCUGAUCAUGGGCAAUACACCUCACCUUGAACAAGCUCAAGGUGAUGCUAUUGUCCUCUAUGAUAAAUAUUUUUCUCUACAAGCUACAAACCCUAUUGGUUUUCCCACCGAAAUUCGAUUAAAGGUUGAAAGUGAUAUUUGUAGUGAACCAAUAGCCACCUGUUUUGACACACCUUACAUCAUUGUGUAUAAAACUCUUAGUAAUUAUGUCAAAACAUUCUUAGGAUCAGAAUUGUAUUAUACUUACCUGUCUGAAAUGAUAAAAUCAGUAGAUCAAACUUGGUCUCCUAACUGCAAAUCACAUUCUGACUGCAGCAGUGAAUUUAGCAUAAGCACCCAAAAUACUCUAUUGGCGACAACUGAUACUCACUUCAAAAAAAAACGUAACCACUCUGUACCUGACAUGACUAUAGAUUCUAAUCAACUAUAUAAUGGGGAUGCAUUAUGGCAAAGAAAAAAACAUGAUGGUCUGAUUCUAGGCAGAAUCAAUAGUUUAGGCAGGUUUGAAUCAAAAUUUGAACCAGAUCCUGACAAAAAAGAAAAAUCUGUUUUAAAGAAAAUGGUGAGCAAAUUUGUGGCAACAAACACAUCAAAAGUUGAAGAGGAAAUGGCAUGGCAAAUAGCUCAUAUGAUUGUUAAAGAUGUUACUGAUUUAACGAUGUCUCCACCUGAACACGACUGAGUGAAGUAUCAUUAUUCAUUAUUAAGUAUGUGAUAAUAACUUUCAAAGUAUAUAUUUUGUAAAUAAUGUUAAAAUGUAUAAAUACUAUAAGAGAUAUAUUAAAAUUUAA